AUGAAUUAUCAUACUCAUAUUGCUGGACUUUAGAAUAAAGUUAAAUUAAAUAAGAUUGAGCCAAAAACAUAAUCAAUUCUUAAAAAACCCAACAACAGUUAGAAUAAUAAAACUAGAAUCGAUUUGAAUGGCAAUCCAAUCUGCACAAGUUCAAAGAAAUAUUCCAUUAAUUUUAAAUAAAACCUAUGUUAGGUGUAUGUAGUAGAGAAUUGGAAGAAAUUUAAUAUAUUGGAAAAUAGUAUAUAAAUAUUGGAAGCCGAAUAAAAUAAGAAAUGCUUGUAUAAUUGCAAUCUAUUUUGA